AUGUCUUAUAGUUUGGAUCGAGUCCGUGGGAAAUGUCUGUCUGAGCUCCUUAACUUAAGCCCCGGAGAUCUUUCUUCCCAGUUUGGCAUGAAGCGAGGUCAUGUUGCCCGUUUUAUGGACAGAACCAGUGCUUGUGCAGAUCACCUACCAAACUCGCAUCCUUCCCUUGCAACAGAAAAAUUAGCUUACUUUCGAAAAAUACUAGCAUUCAAAGGAGUUUUCAAUCUGUAA